AUGCCGCCUCCAAACCCCCACCUCACCCGCCUCCUCGCCCGCCUCCCCCCCCGCCUCCACCGCUACACAUCCACCCUCCGCACCGCCCCCCUCUCACACCUCACAGCCUUCCUCAUCCUCCACGAGCUCACGGCCAUCGCGCCGCUCGUCGGCCUCGCCGCCACAUUCCACUACACGAACACGCUGCCGCAGGGGGGCCAGUGGCUAGGGGAGAACGUGCGGGCGGGCGCGGAGCGAUUCGGGCGGUGGUUUGGUCGGAAGGGGUGGUUUGGUUUUGAGGCUGGGGCUGGGGCUCGGGCUCCACCUGAUGGAUCUGGUGAGGGCGUUGUGAGGGGUGAAGGUGAAGGAGGAGGAGGAGGAGGUUUUGGUGGGGGAGAUGGGAUGCUGGAGAAGGAGAAGGAAGAAGGGAAGGGGAUGGGGAAGGUAUACAGAAGUAGUAGCGAGCAGGGCACGAAGAUCCUUGUCGAGGUUGCGACGGCGUACGCUAUCACCAAGGUGUUGUUGCCCGUCCGGGUGGCGGUCAGCGUGUGGGCGACGCCGUGGUUCGCGCGGGUGUUUGUGGGGAGGCUGGGGAGGGUGUUUGCGUUGGGGAGGAGGGUCUUUGGGAAUGGUGGCGGGAAGGUUGCUGUCGGAGGGAGGAAUACGAGUCCUGCUGCUGGGACGGGGGCGGUUGGUGGUGGGGUUGGGCCUGGGAGUCGGAGGAGGAGGGUGGGUUGA